AUUGUGUCUCUGAGAAACUUUACUAGUAACUGUUAAAUUUGUCUUCUCCUCAAAAAUCUUCUCGUAAUUUUCAAUUUUUUUUUCCUUUUAUUUCUACGUUCUUUCUUGAAUGGCAUAAAAAAUGGUCUCAUCAAGUGAUGAUAUUGAUUCUGGUGGAAAAUCAAGGAUUUUGCCAACAGAGAAGGGCAAUACUGUUUCUCUUUCUAGUGCAACAGCUAAGUAUAAGAGACGCGGAGUGUCUGUUGUUAGAGACUUUCCACCUGGGUGUGGAAGGACUGCUGUGAAGGAUAAGCCUAGAAAGGUGUCUAGGAGAAAUGUCUCAGUAACUAGGGAUUUCCCUCCAUUUUGUGGAAGGAAUGCUGCACCACUCCCUGAGGAAGAGAAAAUGAGAGUGGCUGCUCUUCAGAAAAACAAGAACUUGCACGAUGAAGAAUAUGUAGAAGAGGAUCAAGGAGUUCUAAGAAACAAAAUUAACGAGACAUUACAUUUUGCUCGACUUGUGUCUAGGAAGCUAUUAUAUGAAGGAUCAGCUAGCAUUGAUAAUCAAAUGGCAGAAAUUCUGAAGGCCAAAGGGAAAUAUAUUAACAUAAAUAAAAAAAUUAGGGGAGAUGUUCCAGGGGUUCAGAUUGGGGAUGUAUUUCAGUAUCAUGAACUUAACAUAGUUGGUCUACAUUCCCAACCUCAGAGUAGUAUAGACUAUGUGAAGGAAAGUGAUACCAUUCUUGCUACAAGCAUCAUAGCAUUUGGUGGUUAUGAAAAUGACUUACACAGACCAGAUACAUUGUUUUACAGAGCUGAAGGAGAAAAUGUGAUGUAUAGCAAUAAGAUGGCUGAAGAUCAGAAAUUUGAUGAAAUAAACCUUGCUCUAUCGAACAACAAAGCUACAUGGACCGCCAUCAGGGUCAUAUGGGCUGUAGAAAGAUCUUCAUCUUCAUCAGAUUCUAGAGGUCAAAGAUACAUAUAUGAUGGACUUUAUACUGUGAGGGGAUGUGAGCAAGAAGUAGGGAUAGAUGGAAAACUAAUCUAUAUUUUUAACUUGGUUCGUUGUGAUGGUCAACCAAGGCUGCCUCCUAAACUUCCAAAGAAAACAAGGAAACUCAGGAAUGGGAUCUGUGUCUAUGAUAUGUCUCAAGGUAGAGAGGUAAUACCUAUUAGUGCCUAUAACAAGAUAAAUGAUGAUCUACCUCCACAGUUUCAUUAUGUGAAUGAAAUGGUAUAUCCUGAUUGGUAUGCUCUUGUUCCUUCUAAGGGUUGUGAUUGUCGUCAUAGCUGUUCAGAUUUUAGGAAGUGUUCUUGUGUGAUGAAGAAUGCAGGAAUGCCAUAUAACGAAUAUGGGGCUCUUUUGACAAUAAAGCCUCUUGUCUAUGAGUGUGGCCCUACUUGCAAGUGCCCCCCUUCUUGCUACAACAGAGUUAGCCAGCAUGGUAUAAGAUAUCAGCUUGAAAUUUUUAUGACUGAAAAAAGGGGCUGGGGUGCAAGAUCCCUAAACUCCAUUGCUUCUGGAAGCUUUAUAUGUGAAUAUUUGGGGGAGCUGCUCAACCAUGAGGAGGCAGAUCAAAGAAUUGAAUGUUUUGAUUAUCUUUAUGACAUUGGUUGUGCAUCAGGUUCUUCCCAAAUAGAGGAUAAAGUUGGCUACACCAUUGACGCAGCACAGAUAGGAAAUGUUGGGAGAUUCAUAAACCACAGCUGCUCACCCAAUCUGGUUGCACAAAAUGUCCUCUUUAACCACGAUGAUAGGAGAUGUCCUCAUAUUAUGUUUUUUGCUGCUGUGGACAUACCUCGCAUGCAAGAACUGUCAUUUGAUUACAACUGUGGGAUAGAUAAAGUUUUUGAUGCUAAUGGCAAUAUCAAGAAGAAACCUUGUGAUUGUGGUUCUUCAUACUGCAAAGGUAGAAUGUAUUGAUGUGUAGAGUUUUACAAUCCUCUCAUACCAAAUGAUACAAGUGCUUCCCAAGGCUUCUAAUUAGAAUAUUAAUAAGAGGAAGAAAAGGAUUUGAGGUUUUAUGGCUUAUUCAUUAAUAUAGAUAUUUGUACAUUAGGCUGCAAUUUCUUCCUAGCUUGACUUAGCUUCAAAUGCUGCAAUCCAAAAAGAGUAAGAAAAAGAAAUGCCAUUG